AUGGUAGUGAAGCAACCCUUUUGUUUGUACGAUUUGACUCUAUAUGAAAGCAAUACUAAAUGUGCAAAAACACCUCUGGUUGAACUUCGAAAACGACAGAUUGCAACUAAUAUUGAAAUGACUACUUCCUUACCGUCCUCUUCAUCAACAAAUCAAGAUAUCAGGAUGUGA